CACGAGCUCACUGCUCCACAGAACCAGAGCUGAACAACCCACAGAAAAACUCCUGUCCAACCAUGAACGGCAAACUUGUGGCUGUCCUGGCUCUUUUCCUGCUUUCAGCAGCUGUGUCUCAAGGUAGGAGCGUGGCAAGGAUGGGAACCGAGCUCCGGUGCCAGUGCAUAGCCACUCAUUCCAGGUUCAUCCCUCCGAAAUCCAUUCAGGAUGUGAAGCUGACACAGAGCGGCCCCCACUGCCAGAACGUUGAAGUCAUAGCUACUCUGAAGGACGGCAGAGAAGUGUGCUUGGAGCCCAAUGCUCCCUGGGUACAGCGGAUCAUACAGGCAAUUUUGGCCAAGGCUCAGCAAAAUUCUGACUCACCGCUCUAAGAAACACCAGGACAGAAAAAAUCUGGGAACUGCUCCUGCUCCUCCAAGAGGAGCAUCGUUCAGGCAGUGCACCAUCUUCCACCUCCUGCAUGCGUGUUGUAAUGUUAAUUAUGGACGGUUCUAUUUAUUUAACUAUUUAUUUAACUGCAUGUAUUUAAGGAAGUCCUUCACAAUGGUCAGUUGUCCGUGGGACACACACUGUCCCUUGACACUGCCGGAAAAGUGGUUUGCUGAGGGAGAUUGAGAACCCCUGGCAGCCACUUCAGCCAAACACAACCGGUGAAGUGCAAUGCACUUGCCGCACUGUUUAUUUUUGCUAUUGCACCAGCAAACUGAUGAAUCCUCCUGCUCCCCUGGAGUGCACUAGUAUGUUGUGUCAACAACAGCCUCCUCAACCACAGUCAGCCUGUGGCCAGACUGUGAACUGUAAUGUCGAACUUGAAAAAACUAACUACAGAACGUGUAACACUGUGUUUGGUAUUUAUGUAUUGUGAUUUCCAUGGUAUUUAUAAACGUAUUUAUUGAGUAGUUUCUAUGCAAGAACGAAAACUAUUAUAAUUUAUUUAACUUCUACUGAAUUUUUCAUUCCUACUAUUAAUUUCUGAAGAAAUACAAUCUCAUUGUUCUGUAAUUGAUUGUAUGUCUAAUUAGCUACUCCAUCAGCUAACGCAAAAAAUUGCAUCUUACAUACAUAGAAAUUGAUUGUGAAUGUAAU